AUGGCUAACCUGGGCUGUAGCCCAGGUGAGAGCUUCGAGGGGUGUGCAGCAAGAGAAUUGAAGGAAGAAACUGGUUUAGACAUUGACAAGAAGAGGAUGGAGUUUCUGACAGCCACAACAAACAAGCUGCUCCUAGAGGGAGGCAAGCCAUCCCAGUACGCGUCCGUUUGCAUGAGAGCGGUGAUGGAAGAUGGAGAUGGAGAGCCCCAAAAUGUGGAGCCAGAACUGUGUGAUGGUUGGGAUUGGCAUGAGUGGGACAACCUCCCCAAACCACUCUUUCGUCCUCUGCACAAUGCGGUGGGCAGGAUUUAA